CCCGCAGCGCGGCGCUGCAGCGCGAGGGGCGGAGAGGCAGAGAGCCGAGAGAGGAGGACCAGACGCCCAGGUCGCCUGCAUCCCUGUGCCGCAGGAGCGAGCAAGCGCGCCCCGGCCCUGCUCCCCAGCCUUCGCCCGGGCGCCCCACCUACUUCCUCGGUCCCAGAGACCGAGCACCUGUCCUCCGCCUCGGCUUCAGCUGAGCCCCCCUCCUCCGGAGCGCGCACAGCCCUGCUGCCCGAGAAGUGCCCCAGCCUGUCGCCGGCGACCACCAUGGCGGAGACCAACAACGAAUGCAGCAUCAAGGUGCUCUGCCGAUUUCGGCCCCUGAACCAGGCCGAGAUUCUGCGGGGAGACAAGUUCAUCCCAAUUUUCCAAGGGGACGACAGCGUCGUUAUUGGGGGGAAGCCAUAUGUCUUUGACCGGGUGUUCCCUCCAAACACGACCCAGGAGCAAGUUUAUCAUGCAUGCGCCAUGCAGAUUGUUAAAGAUGUCCUUGCUGGCUACAAUGGCACCAUUUUUGCUUAUGGACAGACAUCCUCAGGGAAAACACAUACCAUGGAGGGAAAGCUGCAUGACCCUCAGCUGAUGGGAAUCAUUCCUCGAAUUGCUCGAGACAUCUUUAACCACAUUUACUCCAUGGAUGAAAACCUUGAGUUCCACAUCAAGGUUUCUUACUUUGAGAUUUACCUGGACAAAAUUCGUGACCUUCUGGAUGUGACCAAGACAAAUCUAUCCGUGCAUGAGGACAAGAAUCGGGUGCCAUUUGUCAAGGGUUGUACUGAACGCUUUGUGUCCAGCCCAGAGGAGAUUUUAGAUGUGAUUGAUGAGGGGAAAUCAAAUCGUCACGUGGCUGUCACCAACAUGAACGAACACAGCUCUCGGAGCCACAGCAUCUUCCUCAUCAACAUCAAGCAGGAGAACAUGGAGACCGAGCAGAAGCUCAGUGGGAAGCUGUAUCUAGUGGACCUGGCAGGGAGCGAGAAGGUCAGCAAGACCGGAGCAGAGGGAGCCGUGUUGGACGAAGCAAAAAAUAUCAACAAGUCACUGUCAGCCCUCGGGAACGUCAUCUCCGCGCUGGCUGAGGGCACAAAAAGCUACGUUCCCUAUCGUGACAGCAAAAUGACACGGAUCCUCCAGGACUCUCUGGGAGGAAACUGCCGGACAACUAUGUUCAUCUGCUGCUCACCGUCCAGCUACAACGAUGCGGAGACCAAGUCCACCCUGAUGUUUGGGCAGCGGGCAAAGACCAUUAAGAACACUGCCUCGGUGAAUCUGGAGUUGACUGCUGAGCAGUGGAAGAAGAAAUAUGAGAAGGAGAAAGAGAAGACAAAAGCUCAGAAAGAGACGAUCGCAAAGCUGGAGGCUGAGCUGAGCCGGUGGCGCAGCGGAGAGAACGUGCCUGAGACAGAGCGCCUGGCUGGGGACGACGCAGCCCUGGGAGCGGAGCUCUGUGAGGAGACCCCUGUGAAUGACAACUCGUCCAUCGUGGUGCGCAUCGCGCCUGAGGAGAGGCAGAAAUAUGAGGAGGAGAUCCGCCGCCUCUAUAAGCAGCUCGAUGACAAGGAUGAUGAGAUCAACCAGCAGAGCCAGCUCAUAGAGAAGCUUAAGCAGCAGAUGCUGGACCAGGAAGAGCUGUUGGUGUCCACCCGAGGAGACAAUGAAAAAGUCCAGCGGGAGCUGAGCCACCUGCAGUCAGAGAAUGACGCUGCUAAGGAUGAGGUGAAGGAAGUGCUACAGGCCCUGGAAGAGCUGGCUGUGAACUAUGACCAGAAGUCCCAGGAAGUGGAGGAAAAGAGCCAGCAGAACCAGCUUCUGGUGGAUGAGCUAUCUCAGAAGGUGGCCACCAUGCUGUCCCUGGAGUCUGAGUUGCAGCGGCUACAGGAGGUCAGUGGACACCAGCGAAAACGCAUUGCUGAGGUGCUGAAUGGGCUGAUGAAGGACCUGAGUGAGUUCAGUGUCAUCGUGGGCAACGGGGAGAUUAAGCUGCCGGUGGAGAUCAGCGGAGCCAUCGAGGAGGAAUUCACGGUGGCCCGACUCUAUAUCAGCAAAAUCAAAUCAGAAGUCAAGUCUGUGGUCAAGCGCUGCCGGCAGCUAGAGAACCUGCAGGUCGAAUGUCAUCGCAAAAUGGAAGUGACUGGGCGGGAACUCUCCUCCUGUCAGCUCCUCAUCUCCCAGCACGAGGCGAAGAUCCGCUCGCUUACAGAGUAUAUGCAGAGCGUGGAGCUAAAGAAGCGGCAUCUGGAAGAGUCCUAUGACUCCCUGAGUGACGAGCUGGCCAAGCUCCAGGCCCAGGAAACUGUGCAUGAAGUGGCCCUGAAGGACAAGGAGCCCGACACACAGGACACAGAUGAAGUGAAGAAGGCCCUGGAGGUGCAGAUGGAGAGUCAUCGGGAGGCCCAUCACCGGCAGCUGGCCCGGCUCCGGGACGAGAUCAAUGAGAAGCAGAAGACUAUCGAUGAGCUCAAAGACCUGAAUCAGAAGCUCCAGUUAGAGCUAGAGAAGCUUCAGGCUGACUACGAGAAGCUGAAGAAUGAAGAGCAUGAGAAGAGCAGCAAACUCCAGGAGCUGACAUUUCUGUAUGAGCGACAUGAACAGUCCAAGCAGGACCUCAAGGGUCUGGAGGAGACAGUUGCCCGGGAACUCCAGACCCUCCACAACCUUCGCAAACUGUUCGUUCAAGACGUCACGACUCGAGUCAAGAAAAGUGCAGAAAUGGAGCCCGAGGACAGUGGGGGGAUUCACUCCCAAAAGCAGAAGAUUUCCUUUCUUGAGAACAACCUGGAACAGCUUACAAAGGUUCACAAACAGGUGGAUGACUGGGUUUCAAAGCUGGUACGUGACAAUGCAGAUCUGCGUUGUGAGCUUCCUAAACUGGAAAAACGACUUAGGGCUACGGCUGAGAGAGUUAAGGCCCUGGAGGGUGCACUGAAGGAGGCCAAGGAGGGCGCCAUGAAGGACAAGCGCCGGUACCAGCAAGAAGUGGACCGCAUCAAGGAGGCCGUUCGGUAUAAGAGCUCCGGCAAGCGGGGCCAUUCUGCUCAGAUUGCCAAACCUGUCCGGCCCGGCCACUACCCAGCAUCUUCACCCACCAACCCCUAUGGCACCCGGAGCCCUGAGUGCAUCAGUUACACCAACAGCCUCUUCCAGAACUACCAGAAUUUGUACCUGCAGGCUGCACCUAGCUCCACCUCCGACAUGUACUUUGCAAACUCCUGUACCAGCAGUGGGGCCACGUCUUCCGGAGGUCCCUUGGCUUCCUACCAGAAGGCCAACAUGGACAAUGGAAAUGCCACAGAUAUCAAUGACAACAGGAGUGACCUGCCAUGCGGCUAUGAGGCUGAGGACCAGGCCAAGCUGUUCCCUCUCCACCAAGAGACGGCAGCCAGCUAAUCUCCCUCACGGACUGCCGCAUACCUGCCGCACUUUCAGGUAGCUCCAGGCUGCUUUCUCUGACCAGCCUCAGGGUGCCUCCUGUCUUGCCCUCAACCUCUUCGUUUCUCCUGCUUUUUUGAUCGUCUCAAAACUUUUAAUAUGUAGUUGUCCCUCAGCUCCUGCCUUCCCUUCCUAGGGGCUACUUCGGUGCUGGCCCACGGGCUAUGGACACUGACUUCCCCAUCUCCCUGAAGCUUUCCUUUUGGCUAGAGUAAUGACCACAGUACUGCGUUGCUGCCACUAGGGGUUGCUGCCACAUGUCAAAAAGAGUGAGCGGGGAUGGUGCCCAUCUAGAGUCACGCCCAGGUCGGGGAAUGAAGUAGAUGUAAGGAGACUUGAGAGAUCAUCCCAACCCUCUCUCUGCCUCCACCCAGAAAUAAUUUUGGAUGGAUAGGUAUUUUCGGAACUAAGACACCUCCAGUAAAGGAGAUGUUUCCUUUAUCCCUACACCUGUGUCCCAUACACCUCGUAUCUGUGUAUGUUACCACUAAGCUCCAGGAAAUGCCCCAGGAAGGCUAACUUUUUGUCUCUAUACUUCAGUGUCAGCACUCCCCUCCCACCUUGCUCAGUGGAGGUGGAAAAUAGCCGUGUUCCCUCCCUGAGCCCCCUUCUUCUGCCUCCGCCCCCAAGUCCUCUUUUCCAGCAGCGAUGGCACCUUCCUGGGUCUUGUGUGUCACCAGGCUUCUCACUUGCUCUAGGGCCCAGAACUGGACACUAGGAGUCUGUUUAUUUCCCUCUUUGGAGAACCAGAGACGAGAGGAUAUGGUCAGUCUCUUACUGGGCUGCAUCCAAGCCAAGCCCACUCCAGGGGCUUUCCGGGAUAGUAAGCCGGACACAGUCAGGCAGAAAGACACGAGGGGCAGAGAAGUAGGAAUGGGGAAGCAAGGUGAAGGUCUGGGGUAGAGGAGCAGGGGCUGGGAGAAUAGUGUCUGGUUGUUGGUAUUCAAGGAAGAAGACUAUCAAUCAAAUUUGUACAAAUGCCACUCUGUUCCUGUUGAGCGGUUGGGCUACAAGGUGGUUCCUCACGACCUCUUUCUCUUUCUUCCCCAGUUUCUAAGAGGGACUGAGGCCUCUUCUCUCAGCAUGCUGCAAACCUGUGGUCUCUGAUACUAACAACUCCCUCCCCAGCCCUUGUUGUUUGACUGUACCGUUUGAUGUCUACUCUUACUCUGUAUCUCUUUGUACUCUGUAUCUAUAUAUCAAAAGCUGCUGCUAUGUCUCUCCCUUCUGUCUUACUCUCUAAGUAUCUAAUGAUGUAUUUAGCAAUUUCUAAGCAUAGUAUACCCUCCUCAUUUGGGGUAAUAGGGAGGAGGGUGAAUGUUUCUUCUUUCAAACACGCGUCUCUCACACUGAGUGGUGUUAGUCACGGAGAUGGUAAAAGGAAAAAUGGGAGCUAGAGGGCUGUGAUCCUUCUCUCUCUCUCUCUCUCUCUCUCUCUCUCUCUCUCACUCACACACACACACACACACGCACACAUGCACACACGCACACACACGCACACAAAGCCUUAAGCAGAAGAAUGUCUUAGCAUCAUAAGAAGAUACAGAAAUAGACUCUUCCUCCCUCCUCUUUCACAUAUAGCAUAGGGGAGGGUAAAAUGGAAGGACUGCUAAAUUACAUGUAGAAUUUUAUUCAUAUACCCCUCAUCUGAACCGAGGGAGUCUGGGUGUGCAACUCUACCCUCCAAAGUGUACCUUGGGCCUCCCUCUUCCUGUCCCCUGACCCCCCUGUCCCAAUGACCGAGGACAUGGAUUGUUCAAGGGACUAUUUCCCUUUCUCCUCAAAACUCCUUUUGAUAUUCUCUGCCCCAGAACUCAUGAACAGAACCUAGAGUUAACUUAAAAUAUUUUGGGAAUUUGAGGAGGCAGACUCUUCACAACAGUCUAUCAAAUGGUUGCUCAUCUGUCAGGUGAUAGUUAUAGGCAAGCAUAGCCAAUGAUUGCUUCUUUGGGUUUGGGGGGGGGGGUGAACACACUGGGAAAUUCCAAGUGUUUUUUGCCACGGUGAGGAGCUGGAUUCUUUUCUCUGUCCCAUAUUGGGCUGCAUGUUCUUCCCAUCUCCACCUUUUGGUUUGGGACCUUCCAGUUCAUUGACAAAAUAUCUAUCUCAAGAUGCUUUCCUUUCAGGCUAGAGCCUCACUUUACCCCAUGAUAUGUCAAAAAAUUUCUCUUGACACAAAUCCUUUGAUAAUAUGUCCCCAUCUGGUACUAAGUGCACUUUAAAGAAAGGGGCAGAGCAGACUGGGGGGAGGAUGGUUAGAGGGGAGUGCUCUUUCCCCAGCACCACCCCAUGUAAUUGAUAGGACUGUUAUUUUAGUGUCCUUCCACAUGGUGCUAGGGUGGUUUUCUAGGUAACUGCAGGGAUGGAGAGUGGAGGUCAUAAGUCGCUCCAAAUCAAGAAACAAAGCCUGAUGUCCAAAUACCCAGUCUUACGUAGGGUGGAAGAACAGGAUCCCCCAGCAGGGCAACCAUCACCUAGUUUCGAAGUCAGGAAAGAAAGCUUGGUGUGAGUACCAGCUGGCAAAUAUAGGUUGUAUCGGCCUGUGACUCCUUCAAGGGAAAAGGUUCCUUCCUCUGUUACCUGUUGGGCCCCUUUUUAGCAAUUAGGGAGACAUGCAGGGAAAAAUAUACCAGAAGGGUGUAGAGUAAAUCCAAAGCAGUGAUAUUCAAACAUUUUUGAAAACAACUCUUUUAUGGAACCCCGACAUAAAAAAUAACUAAAAGUGAGGCAGAUCUGGGCAGUUUCCAUUUUCUUUAUUUGGUGGAAAAUGCUUCCUUGGUGGAGAAGCUCUUAAAUAGUCUUAAGAGUUUAGAACCUGAGGGUUCUAUAAAGUAGUUUGAAAACCACUGCUCUGAAGGAAAGGUGUUCCAAUCUGCCUCCCCUGCCCCAAGCCCAUAACCUAGAGCAAAGAGGGAAAGUCCGAAUGGGAGAAGAAGGAAGCUACCUAUGCCCCUGUAGACUUGAGCUAAGACUUGCCAACAGGGCACCUCAGAAUCACUUGGGCUUUAUUUAAUCUUGCCACCAAAUGAUUCUUUUAAAACACUUAAGAAACUGUGAAGGUGUAGGGCAGAUGAGGAGAGAGAUGUAAGGGAAAUAUAAUUCACUUACAUAAAUAAGAACACACACACAAGGCCUUCACCAGAAGCUUCACUCUACAUCCCCCCACCCCUUCCCACCACCACAGCAUCCCUUUCGGAGAGCUAGGGUCACCACAAAGGGGCACCUGGCCUGCCCACUCACAUCUGCCAAAAUGUUGCAUGCCAGCGUGGAAGACAAACCAAACCGCACAAACCCCAGUGUGUAUUUACUUGAUGUACAUAGAUACCUUGAAAAUAAAAUAAAUUCAAUGAUGA